AUGAGCCAGGGCAUCGGGGAGGCCCUCACCAUCUGUGUCUGCCAGUGUCACCAUGCCUGGCUCUAGUCAGUAACACUUGUCUGUCAGUGCCACUGCACAUAAGCCAACUUGCAUAACACUGCAGUCCUCUCCUAUAGAUCGGUUUGUAUUUCUAGUAGUCUCUAAAGUUUGUUUACUUUCUCUUAUAGACCAGGGCCUGCGAAAUGCCAAGGUUUCUAUUAGCUGGUAAAAUUCCCUAAGAACAGGUUGCAUUUCCAGUGUUAUUUUGCUAUCUGAGUUGUUCUUCUGUGGGAGUUAAUGCAAAGCUGCCCCAGGAGCCCACAUGGCAGUCGGAUAUCUCUAGGGUGUGUGUGUGUGUGUGUGUGGAGGAGAUGUAGUGCAGGUGGAAGGUUCCAGAGCCUCCUCUCAGAGCCGGAACACGGCAGAGCUUCCUGUCUUUGUCAGCCGCCGUUGUUGUUCCCAAACCAUCUUAUUUUGGAUCAAACCAAUCUCUCCUUAAAUUAGCCAUUUAUUGGGUCGUUCCACGAAAAGAGUGCCUUUUGCGUCCCUUUUGAUAUUUUAAGCAGAAAUUGUGGACCAAUAUUGAAUUUAAAAGCCUGUUAUAUUAAAUGAAGUGCAUUUUAUUAUAGACCACAUGGAGAAUUCAAUACAUCUGAUCUUAAAUAUGAAUAAAGACUUGCUAAAGUGCCAAAAUCCUUCAUUUUGACAUGUCCCACUAUGCAUCCUCUGUGACUUCUAGGAAGAUUUUAACCCACUUAACCCCAACGUUUUCACCAUCAUUGUAAAGCCCUAGAUAAUUUGUUGUUUUGACAAAGUAAUUUCUGAAGAUUAUUAUUUAUUGAAUGUUAUUAGUGAUUCAUUUAGGUCUGUCCCUCAUUUUAAGGUCAACCCUGUUACGUGAACUGAACUCUUGUUCAAUAUUCCUUUUAAAAAUAUUAUUUUCAAAAGAAACAUUGAACAUCUAUUGAUCAAAUCAUAGUGUAAAAGCAGGUGCGCUGGUUCUAUUAUUUUUGGUCAUUUUCUGGUGUUUUGUGGUGGAAAACUAAGUGGGUCGAGUAUAACACGUCAACCCUAUUACCCAUAGAUAGACGGGCUAGAAAUGUUUCAGCAAUUUAUACAUUUUUGUGACGCUUGCAUUCAAUUGCCACUCCCUGUUGCACGCAAGUUUCUAUUCCCUCUGUCACAAGAAGAUUCAUGGCUGAUUUAAGAUGAAAUCGUCAACCCUGUUACUUUAUUUGGCACUUAAUAGGCACUUACUAUAGUCAUUUAUUAUUCAACCUCUUGAGAUGGAAAAACAUGUUUUCUAUGAAGUUGAAAUUAGGUGAAAUCUAUCUAAAACAUAAAUUUUUUGACCAAGUUACACUUAUCAAAAGGCACCGACUUGGUGGAAGGACCCUACUGCAUUCCUGCUCUCUUUUUCUCCCCCUCUCUCUCUUUCUCUAUCCUUGUCUGUCUGGUCUGUCUCUUCUACUCUUCUUCCAUCUCUUCCCUCACGAUGUCUCACUCUUUCAUACAUGCACGAACAUCUGGUAAAAGCAUCGGUGCAUAUUCUCAUAAUAUGCAUGUCAAGGGAGGACCUAAACUUAGACUAUACACUCACAGGUGUAUAAAUGGCCUGUUGGUUGUGCUGAAGAGACACCAUUCAAUAUGGUGUAUUACCUGUUGCUCUCCCCCUUCAUUAAGAGUGUAUUGAGUUGGCUUGCAUUAGUGCUCGGGGGUCCAUUGACAGCCAUAGUGUGACAGUGGCUGGGUGAGUUUGAACAGAGCAACUGGACGAUGGCCUGUAUGGACUGGCUCAACUCUCAGGCAUGUCUUGUUUAUGGCAGCGUGUGACCUAGCUCAUUUUUCUGAUUCUUUCUCUCCCCCUCUAACCUCCCAGUCCCCUCUUCUCCCCUCCCUCACUUCUUACCCUGCUGUACUCCACCAUACUUGACCCUGGUUCCCUCCUUCCUCUCCCAACACCAUCCCUUCUUCCCCUUCUCCAGGCCCCCCGUUCUCUCUCUAGCUCUCUAUCUCUAUCUAUUCAACUCCAUAUGCUUUUUUUGCAUAAGAAAUCAUUACAUUGUACAAUAAUUAUCUUUCUCUGACUCUCCCUUUAGUGAAUCCAGUAUCUGCCAGGCUCGGGCCACGGUGAUGAUCUAUGAUGAUGCGAAUAAGAUGUGGCUCCCAGCAGGAACGGGGCCUCAGACCUUCAGCAGGGUCCAGAUCUACCACAACCCCUCCACUAACGCAUUCAGAGUGGUGGGACGCAAGAUGCAGACAGAUCAACAGGUAGUGUGUGUGCAUCUAUAUGUACAGAAUCUUUGACAAUGGGUUUAAGUCUGUGUGCAUGAUCGUAUGUGUUUGUGUUUGGUCUUGUGUGAUGAUGUACAUCAUCAACAGCUGCACACCUCUAGUACCAACAAGCCCUGCCAGCUGUAGAACUGUGAAUCAGCCCUUUCUCCACCAGUGGACAUCCGCAGGCAGACUAACACCCACUAACCUCCUCUGUGAUGCAAGCACAGAAACCCUACCCCAGGUUCUCUGUGCUGGGUCAAAGAGCUGUGUUGUGUCUCCUAUAGUUCCCCCAUCAGGGCCAGCAGACUUGUACGGGCCUGGGUGGCACGGAGCACAUGAGGCCUAUCAAUACUUACACCUCCUGUACUGUCACAGCUCUAACAAUAGAACAAGACAAACAGCAAUAUAUAUUGAACAAAAAUAGAAACGCAACAUGUAAAGUGUUGGUCCCAUGUUUCAUGAGCUGAAAUAAAUCCAGGCUUUGUCGUAGCCGGCCGUGACCGGGAGACCCAUGGGGCGGCGCACAAUUGGCCCAGCGUCAUCCAGGGUAUGGGAGGGAAUGGCCGGCAGGGAUGUAGCUCAGUUGGUAGAGCAUGGCGUUUGCAACGCCAGGGUUGUGGGUUCGAUUCCCACGGGGGGCCAGUAUGAAAAAAUAAAAUAAUGUAUGCACUCACUAACUGUAAGUCGCUCUGGAUAAGAACAUCUGCUAAAUGACAAAAAAAAUAAAUAAAAAAAAUAAGAUCCCAGAAAUCUUCAAUACGCACAAAAAGCUCCACUUUUGUGCACACAUUUGUUUAGUCAGCAUUUCUCCUUUGUCAAGAUAAUCCAUCCACCUGACAGGUGUGGUAUAUCAAGAAGCUGAUUAAACAGCACGAUCAUUACACAGGUGCACCUUGUGCUGGGGACAAUAAAAGGCCACUCUAAAAUGUGUAGUUUUGUCACACAACACAAUGCCACAGAUUUCUCAAGUUUUGAGGGAGGGUGCAAUUGGCAUGCUGACUGCAGGAAUGCCCACCAGAGCUGUUGCAAGAUAAUUUAAUGUUAAUUUCUCUAUCAUAAGCUGCCUCGGUUUUAGAGAAUUUGGCAGUACGUCCAACCGGCCUCACAACCGCAGACCACGUGUAACCACGCCAGCCCAGGACCUCCACAUCCGGCUUCUUCACCUGCGGGAUCGUCUGAGACCAGUCACCCGGACAGCUAAGGAAACUGAGGAGUAGUCCUGUCUGUAAUAAACUCAUUCUGAUUGGCUGGGCCUGGCUCCCCAGUCAAAUCAAAUCAACAAUGCAGUUUUUAGAAAAUUAAGUGUUAAGUAAAAAAUGGAUAAGUAAAAAAUAUAAAUAAUUGAAGCACACCCAGUGGGUGGGCCUAUGCCCUCCAAGGCCCAUCCAUGACUGCACCCCUGCCCUGUGAAAUCCAUAGAUUAGGCCCUAAUGAAUUUAUUUCAAUUGACUGAUAUGAACUUAUAUGAACUGUAACUCAGUAAAAUCAUUAAUUGUUGCAUGUUGCAUUUAUAUUUUUGUUCAGUAUAGAUACAGUAUCUCACCACCCCAUCCCCCUCUAUCUCUUCCCGCUCUCUCCAUACCAUUCUCUCUUUAAACAUCCAGUCGCCUGAGUGUUCCCCAUAGACGUAUCUUAAAGUGGAUUAUGUUUCCUGAGAGGUAGUUGGCCAGCUCAACCAUUUCCUUUGACAAUUAAGGAAGCCUUCCCCCUCUCUCUCUGAGUAUCUCUGUCCCCUCUGUGUGUGCGUCUCUCUCUCCCUGACUCUUUUGGCGCGGUGAGUUUAGGCGCUCGCUCACUCCUCCGCUCUGUGGAAUUCAGGGGUUGUAAAACAAACAGAGAAACGAUGCAUCAGCACAUUCAGACUGAGUCACUCAAACCCAGAUCACAGUGGCCUGUAUUGAAUCACCAGGCUGGUGCCACUUGCUGGACUGAUAUACAGUGGUGUAAAGUACUUAAGUAAAAAUACUUUAACCUCUUAAGGAUCGGACCCUAUUUUUAAAUUUUCGCCUAAAAUGACAUACCCAAAUCUAACUGCCUGUAGCUCAGGACCUGAAGCAAGGAUAUGCAUAUUCUUGAUACCAUUUGAAAGGAAACACUUUGAAGUUUGUGGAAAUUUGAAAUUAAUGUAGAAGAAUAUAACACAUUAGAUCUGGUAAAAGAUAAUACAAACAAAAAAACAUGUGUUUUCUAUUUAUUUAUUUUUCAUCUUUGAAAUGCAAGAGAAAGGCCACAAUAUAAUAUUGCAGUUGUGUGCAAAGUUUCAGAUUGAUCCAGUGAAGCAUUGCAAUACUGGACUAUUUUGUAUCAAGUCUGCCCGAAUGUGCCGAAUUGGUCAAUUGAUACAUUUUCGAGAACAUACAAAAAUGAUAUGGUAAUACAAAAUGUACGUUUACACACUCCCAGGAAUGUCAUAUAUGAUGGAUCAUUAGCUUAUACACUAACUUCCACACAUCUAGAUGGCCGGGGUUCAAACUGUAGAACCCAGUUCCUACAUUUGAAUAUAAAAAUGGAUUUUAUCAAACAAAACUAUGCUACAUUUUAUCUCUGGGACCCUUAGGAUGACAAAUCAGAGCAAGAUUACUGAAUGUAAGUACAUUAUUUACCUUCAGAGGUGAAUGUAUCAAACUAGUUGGCGUGAUACGUUUUUUGUUGUUGUGCACUCUCCUCAAACAAUAGCAUGGUAUUUUCUCACUGUAAUAGCUACUGUAAAUUGAACAGUGCAGUUAGAUUAACAAGAAUGUAAGCUUUCUGCCAAUAUAAGACAUGUCUAUGUCCUGGAAAGUUUGCUGUUACUUACAACAGUCCGUUAGCGCAACCGUCCCGUAUACGGGACACCGAUCCCAUAGAGGUUAAAGUACUACUUAAGUCGUUUUUUGGGGUAUCUGUACUUUACUAUUUAUAUUUUUGACAACUUCUACUUCACUACAUUCCUAAAGAAAAUAAUGUACUUUUUACUCAAUACAUUUUCCCUGACACCCAAAGUACUCGUUUCAUUUUGAAUGCUUAGCAGGACAGGAAGAUGGUCCAAUUCACAUCCCUGGUCAUCCCUACUGCCUCUGAUCUGGUGGACUCACUAAACGAAAAUGCUUCGUUUGUAAAUUAUGUCUGAGUAUAGGAGUGUGUGCCUGGCUAUCCGUAAGCAAUUUACAACAAGAAAAUUGUGCCGUCUGGUUUGCUUAAUAUAAGCAAUAUGAAAUGAUUAUACUUUUACUUUUGAUACUUAAGUAUAUUUUAAACCAAAUACUUUUAGACUUUUACUCAAGUAGUACUUUAAUGUGUGACUUUUACUUGAGUAAUUUUCUAUUAAGGUAUCAUUUACAUUUACACAAGUAUGACAAUUGGGUACUUUUUCCAUCACUGCUGAUAUAGACAGAGUGCAUUUGUCUUGUCCAAACUGGCUUCCUCUCCUUGAUCUGAAAGCACAGGCUGAGUGCAAUAUGGAAAAAGCUUUCAAUUAGGGAAGAUGGAGAGGAGACCAUGCUACAUUAGACUGUGAUGCACCCUAAACAUUAACACUUAGGGCUGGGCGAUAUACAGUGAGGGAAAAAAAGUAUUUGAUCCCCUGCUGAUUUUGUACGUUUGCCCACUGACAAAGAAAUGAUCAGUCUAUAAUUUUAAUGGUAGGUUUAUUUGAACAGUGAGAGACAGAAUAAAAACAAAAAAAUCCAGAAAAACGCAUGUCAAAAAUGUUAUAAAUUGAUUUGCAUUUUAAUGAGGGAAAUAAGUAUUUGACCCCCUCUCAAUCAGAAAGAUUUCUGGCUCCCAGGUGUCUUUUAUACAGGUAACGAGCUGAGAUUAGGAGCACACUCUUAAAGGGAGUGCUCCUAAUCUCAGCUUCUUACCUGUAUAAAAGACACCUGUCCACAGAAGCAAUCAAUCAAUCAGAUUCCAAACUCUCCACCAUGGCCAAGACCAAAGAGCUCUCCAAGGAUGUCAGGGACAAGAUUGUAGACCUACACAAGGCUGGAAUGGGCUACAAGACCAUCGCCAAGCAGCUUGGUGAGAAGGUGACAACAGUUGGUGCGAUUAUUGGCAAAUGGAAGAAACACAAAAUAACUGUCAAUCUCCCUCGGCCUGGGGCUCCAUGCAAGAUCUCACCUCGUGGAGUUGCAAUGAUCAUGAGAACGGUGAGGAAUCAGCCCAGAACUACAUGGGAGGAUCUUGUCAAUAAUCUCAAGGCAGCUGGGACCAUACUCACCAAGAAAAAAAUUGGUAACACACUACGCCGUGAAGGACUGAAAUCCUGCAGCGCCCGCAAGGUCCCCCUGCUCAAGAAAGCAAAUAUACAUGCCCGUCUGAAGUUUGCCAAUGAACAUCUGAAUGAUUCAGAGGAGAACUGGGUGAAAGUGUUGUGGUCAGAUGAGACCAAAAUGGAGCUCUUUGGCAUCAACUCAACUCGCCGUGUUUGGAGGAGGAGGACUGCUGCCUAUGACCCCAAGAACACCAUCCCCACCGUCAAACAUGGAGGUGGAAACAUUAUGCUUUGGGGGUGUUUUUCUGCUAAGGGGACAGGACAACUUCACUGCAUCAAAGGGACGAUGGACGGGGCCAUGUACCGUCAAAUCUUGGGUGAGAACCUCCUUCCCUCAGCCAGGGCAUUGAAAAUGGGUCGUGGAUGGGUAUUCCAGCAUGACAAUGACCCAAAACACACGGCCAAGGCAACAAAGGAGUGGCUCAAGAAGAAGCACAUUAAGGUCCUGGAGUGGCCUAGCCAGUCUCCAGACCUUAAUCCCAUAGAAAAUCUGUGGAGGGAGCUGAAGGUUCGAGUUGCCAAACGUCAGCCUCGAAACCUUAAUGAUUUGGAGAAGAUCUGCAAAGAGGAGUUGGACAAAAUCCCUCCUGAGAUGUGUGCAAACCUGGUGGCCAACUACAAGAAACGUCUGACCUCUGUGAUUGCCAACAAGGGUUUUGCCACCAAGUACUAAGUCAUGUUUUGCAGAGGGGUCAAAUAGUUAUUUCCCUCUUUAAAAUGCAAAUCAAUUUAUAACAUUUUUGACAUGCGUUCUUCUAGAUUUUUGUUGUUGUUAUUCUGUCUCUCACUGUUCAAAUAAACCUACCAUUAAAAUUAUAGACUGAUCAUGUCUUUGUCAGUGGGCAAACGUACAAAAUCAGCAGGGGAUCAAAUACUUUUUUCCCUCACUGUAUCAUGAAUACCGGUAUACUGAUAUGGAUCCACAUACCGGUAUGGAUUUUUAUCACUGAGUGUUUGUAUAAAUGUCUAAUAUUGCAAUUACCAAUGUAGUUAUUUCCAUACUACCUGAGUGAGGAUCUUUCACUUACCUAAAAUCUGCAGUUUGUCCAUUUCAACUGUACAGAGCAUCACCCUUUUUCUUGAUAAAGAAGUGGUAUCCAUGAUAUGACAAUGUUGGGAGUGUCAUGGUUUGUGGUCCUCUGUAGCUCAGCUGGUAGAGCACGGCGCUUGUAACGCCAAGGUAGUGGGUUCGAUCCCCGGGACCACCCAUACACAAAAAAUGUAUGCACGCAUGACUGUAAGUCGCUUUGGAUAAAAAGCGUCUGCUAAAUGGCAUAUUAUUAUUUAUUAUUAUUCAUGACUCAUGUCUUGACUCCGACCCCCUUCUCUCUAAGGUGGUGAUUAACUGUCCGAUUGUGAAGGGCCUGAAGUACAACGAGGCCACGCCCAACUUCCACCAGUGGCGGGACGCGCGGCAGGUGUGGGGGCUCAACUUCAGCAGUAAGGAGGAUGCCGCCCUCUUCGCCAACGGAAUGGCCCAUGCACUGGAGGUGCUCAACUCCCUGGCAGACGCAGGUACUAAUAUAAUGGAUUUUACAUGCAACCUCAACAUACAUGACAACAUGCUUUGCAAUACCUAAAGGCACAGCACUGUCUGAGAAAUAAUUGAGAGAAAUGCAUGUGUGGAAACAUGAGCAUGACUUGCAUCUCACAGCUUUCUUCGUAAGUCAUACUAAGAAUCUCUUUCCCCUCUCUAUCCCCAGGUUACGCUACCCUCCCCCGCCCAGUGUCAAAUGGACCCUCCCCAGAGGAGCUGGAACAGCAGCGGAGGUACCAAGUGUGGGAUUUCACCUUUACUUCCAGAUUGAGUUGUAAUUAAGGUUCAAGACAAGACAGUUUCAUAUGACCAGAGGUCCAACUGACACAGUUUUACAUAACCACACAUGCACACUGACUCAGAGGAUUUGUCAGCAUUAGCCAUAUGCCGCUUAGCCCUCAGCCAGCCUCUUGAGGUCGGAGGUUGAAAAGCUAAAGAAGGUCAACUCCUCUUUGAAAUCCCAUCCCUUCCUACCAACUCCUCUUCCUGUGGACCCCACACUCGCCAAGGAUACGCCCAGCUUUACCCCUAAUCUAAUUUAGUCGAAUGGGCAAUAUGACACACUGUGGAGGCUCUGGGAUAGGCUGGUGAGGUUGUCCGUCAAAUGGUGGUAGUAAUGGUCACAGAUAUGAUUGUCAAGAUGGCGCCGACGGAGAAAGGCAACAUCUUACAAGUUCCAACUCCUUUGCUAUAUAGUGACUUUUAUCGUGUUUCUUUACUUUUCUUGUACAGAAUGUUCAUACUAUUAUCACAUAUGAUCGCCAAGCACUUCUGGAAAUCAGAUUGACAGUUACUAACCUCGAUAUCGACUUCAAAUAUGACUUCAACUCCGACUCAGCUGUUCCACUGUUCAUACCGGACCCUAUUACCGUUGUUACAUGGGCUACCAAAACACUGCAGGUGUAGACGCGGGAGACGAGGUGGAGUCUGUUCUAUUGGCAAAUGUCCAGUCACUUGAGAAUAAGAUGACUCUUAUCAGAGAGACUUGAAAAGCUGCAAUGUUAUGUCUUACUGAAACAUGGCUGGAUGAUGACGCUAUGCACGUAGUACUCGGUUGAUUCUCCAUGCAGUGGCAGGAUCGGACAGUGGCUUCGAGGAAGUCGAAAGGAAAUUGAGUGUUUUUUCAUAAAUAACAACUGGUGUGCUGCUUCAAGUGUGAAGGAAAUCACUAGCUUUUGGUCACCUGAUAUAUACUGAACAAAAAUAUAAACGCAACAUGUAAAGUGUUGGUCCAUUGUUUCAUGAGCUGAAAUAAAAACAAACAAACAUUUUCCAUACGCACAAAAAGCUUAUUUCUCUCAAAUUGUGUGCACAAAUUUGUUUACAUCCCAGUUAGGAUGCAUUUCUCCUUUGCCAAGAUAACCAUCCACCUGACAGGUGUGGCAUAUCAAGAAGCUGAUUAAACAGCAUGAUCAUUACACAGGUGCACCUUGUGCUGGGGAUAAUAAAAGGCCACUCUAAAAUGUGCAGUUUUGUCACACAACACAAUGCCACAGAUGUUUCAAGUUUUGAAGGAGCGUGCAAUUGGCAUGCUGAUUGCAGGAAUGUCCACCAGAGCUGUUGCAAGAGAAUUUAAUGUUCAUUUCUCUACCAUAAGCUGCCUCUAACGUCGUUUUAGAGAAUUUGGCAGUGCGUCCAAUAUAUGACCUGUAACUCAGUAAAAUCUUUGAAAUUGUUGCAUGCUGCGUUUAUAUUUUUGUUCAGUAUAGAAUACCUCAUGGUAAAUUGCAGACCAUUUUAUCUACCAAGAGUUUUCAUCUGUAAUUAUCAUGGCAGUCUACAUCCCUCCACAAGCCAACACCACUCUGGCACUCAACGAACUGUAUGGGGCCAUAAACAAACAAGAAACCGCUCACCCAGAGACAGCGUUUCUGGUGGGCGGAGACUUUAACGCGGGGAGACUUAAAACCGUCCUACCUCACGUCUACCAACACGUCUGCUGCUCCACUAGGGGCGCUAAAACUCUAGACCACUUUUAUUCUACCCACAGAAGCGCUUACAAGGCCCUCCCUCGUCCUCCCUUCGGCAAAUCUGACCAUGAUUCCAUUCUCCUGCUUCCUGUUUACAAACAAAAACUCAAACAGGAAGUAGCAGUGAUGCGCUGAAUACGGAAGUAGUCGGAUGAAGUAGACGCGAGGCUACAAGACUGUUUUGCUAGUACAGACUAGGAUAUGUUCCGGGAUUCAUUCGAUAGCAUUGACGAGUUUACCACAACAGUCACAUGCUUCAUCAAUAAGUAUAUAGACGAUGUCAACCACACAGUGACUAUAAGAACACAUCCAUACCAAAAACCAUGGAUUACAGGCAAUAUCCACGCUCGGCUAGAGCUACUGUUUACAAGGAACGGGACACAGACAAGCCCACUACGUCCUCCGAGACCUCAAACAUGCAAAGGGACAAUAUAGAAGGAAGGUGGAAUCCUAUUACACCGGCUCCAACGCUCGUCGUAUGUGGCAGUGCUUGCAGACAAUAACGGAUUACAAAAGAAAAUUCAGCCAUGAGUUGCCCAGCGAUGCAGAACUCUCAAACGAGCUAAAUGCCUUUUAUGCUCGCUUCGAGGAAUAUAACACACUGUCCUUGCGUGAAAGCCCUUGUUUUCCAGAUGACUGUGUGAUCUCGCUCUCCGUGGCCGAUGUGAGCAAAACGUUUAAACAGGUUAACAAUCACAAGGCCACCGGGCCAGUUGGAGUACCAGGGCGCAUGCUCAAAUAAUGCGCAGACCAGCUGGCAAGUGUCUUCACAGACAUUUUCAAUCUCUCCUUGUCCCAGUCUGUAAUCCCAACAUGUUUCAAGCUGACCACCAUUGUCCCUGUUCCCAAGAGCUCUAAGGUAACCUGCCUAAAUGACUAUUGCCCUGUAGCACUCACAUCUGUAAUUAUGAAGUGCUUUGAAAGGCUGGUUAUGACACACAUCAACACCAUCAUUUCAGACACCCUAGACCCACUCAAAUUCGCAUACUGCCCCAACAGAUCCACAGAUGAUGCAAUCUCAAUUGCACUUCACACUGCCCUCUCCCACCUGGACAAGAGGAGAAAUAACUAUGUGAAUGCUGUUCAUAGAAUACAGCACAGCGUUCAACACCAUAGUCCUCUCCAAGCUCCUCACCAAGCUAGGGACCCUGGGACUGAACCCCUCCCUUUGCAACUGGAUCCUGGACUUCGUGACUGGCCAGACCCAGGUGGUGAGGGUAGGCAACAACACCUCCGCCACGCUGACCCUUAACACAGGGGCCCCUCGGGUGUGUGCUUAGUCCCCUCCUGUACUCCCUGUUCACCCACGACUGCGUGUCCACCAUCAUCAAGUUUGCUGACGAUACGACAGCGGUAACCCUGAUCACCAACAGUGACGAGGCUGCCUACAGGGAGGAGGUCAGAGAUUUAGCAGAGUGGUUCCAGGCCAACAACCUCUCCCUGAACGUCAGCAAGACAAAGGAGCUGAUCGUGGACUACAGUAGAAAGCGGUGAAAGCACAGCCCCAUCCACAUCGACGGGGCUGUUGUGGAGCGGGUCGAGAGCUUCAAGCUCCUUGGCGUCAACAUCACUACAUCACUAAGGACAUAACAUAGUCCGCACAGGCCGAGCUCCCUGCCAUCCAGGAACUCUAGAUCAGGAGGUGUCAGAGGAAGGCCUGAAAAAAAGACUCCAGCCACCCAAGCCAUAGACUGUUCACUCUGCUACCGUCCAGCAAACGGUACCGGAGCAUCGGCUCUCGGACCAACAGGCUUCGAGGCAGUUUCUAGCCAUAAGACUGCUAAAUAGUCAAUUAAUGGUACCCAAACUAUCUGCACUGACUCUAUAAUCAAUGACUCUACACACUCACUAGACUAUACAGUGAAUUCGGAAAGUAUUCAGACCCCUUGACUUUUUCCACAUUUUGUUACGUUACAGCAUUAUUCUAAAAUUGAUUAAAUUGUUUUUUUCCCUCAUCAAUAUACACACAAUACCCCAUAAUGACAAAGCAAAAACAGGUUUGUAUACAUUUUUGCACAUUUAUUAAAAAUUAAGAACGGAAAUAUCACAUUUACAUAAGUAUUCAGACCCUUUUACUCAGUACUUUGUUGAAGCACCUUUGGCAGCGAUUACAGCCUCGAGUCUUCUUGGGUAUGACGCUACAAGCUUGGCACACCUGUAUUUGGGGAGUCUCUCCCAUUGUUCUCUGCAGAUACUCUCAAACUCUGUCAGGUUGGAUGGGGAGCAUCGCUGCACAGCUAUUUUCAGGUCUCUCCAGAGAUGUUCGAUCGGGUUCAAGUCCGGGCUCUGGCUGGGCCACUCAAGGACAUUCAGAUACUUGUCCCGAAGCCACUCUUGCAUUGUCUUGGCUGUGUGCUUAGGGUGGUUGUCCUGUUGGAAGGUGAACCUUCGCCCCAGUCUGAGGUCCUGAGCGCUCUGGAGCAGGUUUUCAUCUGUACUUUGCUCCGUUCAUCUUUCCCUCGAUCCUGAUUAGUCUCCCAAUCCCUGCCGCUGAAAAACAUCCCCACAGCAUGAUGCUGCCACCACCAUGCUUCCACCACCAAAAUCGAGCAUACUGCCAUGCAAUCUCCAUAGACAAACAUUGGCAGUAGAAUGGCCGUACUGAAGAACUCAGUGACUUUCAACGUGGCACCGACAUACGAUGCCACCUUUCCAACAAGUCAGUUCAUCAAAAGAGCUGCCCCGAUCAACUGUAAGUGCUGUUAUUGUGAAGUGGAAACAUGUAGGAGCAACAACUGCUCAGCCGUGAAGUGGUAGGCCACACAAGCUCACAGAACGGGACUGCCCGAGUGCUGAAGCGUGUAGCACGUAACAAAUGUCUGUCCUCGGUUCCAAACUGCCUCUGGAAGCAACGUCAGCACAAUAACUAUUCGUCGGGAGCUUCAUGAAAUGGGUUUCCAUGGCCGAGCAGCCGCACACAAGCCUAAGAUCACAAUGCCAAGCGUCGGCUUGAGUGGUGUUAAGCUCGCCGCCAUUGGACUCUGGGUGAGUGGAAAUGCGUUCUCUGGAGUGAUGAAGCACACUUCACCAUCUGACAAUCCGACGGACUAAUCUGGAUUUGGCGGAGGCCAGGAGAACGCUACCUGCCUGAAUGCAUAGUGCCAACUGUAAAGUUUGGUGGAGGAGGAAUAAUGGCUGUUUUUCAUGGUUCGGGCUAGGCCCCUUUAGUUCCAGUGAAGGGAAAUCUUAAUGCUACAGCAUACAUUGACAUUCUAGAUGAUUCUGUGCUUCCAACUUUGUGGCAACAGUUUGGGGAAGGCCCUUUCCUGUUUCAGCAUGACAAUACCCCCAUGCACAAAGCGAGGUCCAUACAGAAAUGUUUUUUUCGGGAUCGGUGUGGAAGAACUUGACUGGCCUGCACAGAGCCCUGACCUCAACACCAUCGAACACCUUUGGGAUGAAUUGGAAUGCCGACUGCGAGCCAGGCCUAAUCGCCCAACAUCAGUGCCCGACCUCACUAAUGGCUGAAUGGAAGCAAGUCCCCGCAGCAAUGUUCCAACAUCUAGUGGAAAGCUUUCCCAGAAUUUCAGUGCUAAUCAGGAGCUGUGAAAUGCCCCUUCACAGACCCAGCAUGGCUGCAUAGUUAGCACAAUUGAAUCACAAAUAUGCUCUUCAGUCUUGCAGUGCUCCAGAGCCAGCUGUCACAAUUAGACAGUGCCUACUGGGAUUGUUUGAAAAUGGUUGUUGCUUUAAUGAAAGAAUUGCUGGUACAGUUCACUUGGUUCAGUUCACUUGCCAUGUUAUUAUUGUCGAAAUAAUGUAAUUUCUCUGCCAGGCCACCUCUGGCUGGAUACCUCCUUUUCAGGGAGGAUGUGGUACCUUCCCAUUCAUCCCUUCACCAGAUACAACAUUGUUAUAUGAUUUGUUGACUGUUUGGGUGUAUUAGUGUCUGUUUGUUUGUCUCUGUGUUAAUCCCCAUGAGUUUUGUCCCUGUAGGCUGGAGCAGCAGGAGAGAGAGCGCCAGGAGUGGGAGAGACUGGAGAGAGAGAGACAACAAGCUGCAGCAGGUCAGAGGCACCAGCUUGGGUCAAACAGCCACACUGACAGCAAUACCGUUUGCCUUUUUGAACAAAGCCAAUUAUUGUAUAAUUUUUAUCCAUUCUCUGAACGUAGUACACUGUGACAGUCUCUUACGUUUUUAUUUUUAGUGCCCACUACUCCAGCCCCACCGUUGGCCCCCCCAGCACCUCCGGGCCCUCCUCCACCCCCCGGACCUCCUCCGUCUGGGCCCCCUCCACCCCCGGGACCUCCUCCCCCAGGACCCCCGACCGCAGGAUCAGGACCCCCGCCCGCCCCACCGCUGCCCUCCCCGGGAGGAGAUGGGGGCCUGGCGACAGCCUUAGCCGGGGCCAAGCUCCGCAGAGUGGCCAAGGUGAGAGAGAGAAAGGAGAAAUAGUGGCCUCAGGAUAAGAAUUUGCAUAGCAGUUGUUUUGUAUCUGUUGUAUCUAUCUCCACAUUUAUGCAACCACCAUUCAUUUCUGAUUUGGACUUCAAUGCCAAUCAUUUUGAAUGCCGAGCCUUUCUGUCGAUACUCUUAACUGCUCCUGUGUCUUCUACUGCCCUCUGUAGGAUGAUAGUGGUAGUGGUGCUUUUGCUGCUGCUGCUUCUUCUGCUGCUGCAGCACCGGCUGCCAAGCCUGAUCAAAGCCGCACCAGUGCCUCCAUCGGUGGUGGUGGUGGUGGUGGAGGAGGCCUGAUGGGUGAGAUGGCAUCCAUCCUGGCACGGAGGUAGGUGGCACUGAAGAGAGCACUGCUAUAAAUGAACAGAUCCAUACGCCCCAGUCUAGAGCGCUGUGUAUGCCCCUCUAUGGCUCUGAUCCGGCUUAGUGAAUCUUUAAGUUUUGUAUCACACUCUUACUCUCCUUUUGUCUGUCUUGUUCAGGAAAAAAAUGGCAGACGGUGGGGCUAAGCCACCUGCUAAGACAGCAGAUAAUGUAAGUAUUUGUUAAUUUAUUGGCCAACUAUGUCGUGAAUACAUAAUUGAGCAAUUUCCAUGUAGUCAGAAAACACUCAAGUUUGGCUGGUCUAACUCUGUUUCCUUUCUCCCUACAGGAUGACUCAGAGUCUCAAGGCCAAAGUGGUGAGAACUGUGCGUGUCUGUGCCAGUCUGUUUUGUUUGUACCUAGGAAGACAAAUUUGCUUGAUACUUUACUUUUAUACAGUUUUGCUGUAAAAUAUGCCUGUCUUCUUUUUAGACACUCUUGGAAGAAGACCUUGGGAGAAAUCAGCUACUAUGCCCAGGUAAGGUUUCAGCUUCCUAUACUCUCUCUGCGUCUGAAGUAAGAGCAGCCUGUGUGGACGUAUGUCAGUCUCAGAAUUGAAAGAGGGGUGUGUGUGUUGAUGAAUUGGUUGCUUCCCAUUCUAAGAGCAGAGUGUGUGUGUGUGUCUCACAAACAGGAAUAACUCAAUCUCCAAGAACAUGGACUCCACCUCUCCCUUGCCCCAGGGUCCCAGGUACAAAGUCCCUCCCCUAACAAGACAACAGGACUGAUGCUUUCCUGCUCUCCCUAGCAUACUGUCCCACCUCCCUUCUCUCUGUCAGGUCAACAGGGGCACAGCUUCAGAUCAUGGUGCUGGGCCAUUGUACUGUUAACAGCACCACCUAGUGGACUGCAGAAGGCUAUGACUACUGUGACAGCCUUUAUCAUCUGCAGGAUUUCAUUCUGAUAAUAUGUGAAUUGAUAUCCCUUGAUGUAGUAUAGAAUGGAAUUUUGUGUGUUUUGCCUGGAAUUUCUGGACGUUUGGUGGUGUGGUCAACGGUCAAAUGUCAUUGAAACUUUGAAAGCUAGCCUUGGGUUGUCUGUUUUCAACAGAAUGUGUAUGUGUGGUGCUUCCGGAGGCCUCUGGGGGUGCUAUGGUGAUGGGUUGGAUUGACAGCGUGGGUUGUCACGGUGAUGGGACAAUGUUCGAUCUUAAUCAGUCUCUCCCUUUCUCUCUCUGCCUCCCCUACCCACUCUCUUUCUUUCCCCCAUCUCCACAACUCAUCCAGGGUGAAGCAUGCAGGUGGUAGUAAUGAUGCUGGAGGUGGUGAAGAGACUGAUAUGGAGAGGAUUAAACAGGUAAAUAUUAUUUUCUGAAGCACCUUUAAUGCCAAGACUAGUAAAGACAUAUAAUCAUAUGCAAUACUAAGACUGCAAAUGAAAGAAGGUUUUGGUUUCUUCUUGUAGGAGAUUCUUGACGAGAUGCGGAAGGAGUUACAAAAAGUAAAGGAGGAGAUAAUCGGAGGUGAGACUAUGCAGAUAUUUGUUUUGGGCCACAACCAUGUUUCACACAGAGACCUAUCCAAUGACAUUUGUAUAACAGUCCAAAUUAAGUGGGGGGGGAAAGAACAAAGGCACUACUUUUCUUUGUCAGAUGUUGUAUUGAUUGUUUCUUGUCUCUCUCCUGUUCCACAGCCUUUAUUGAGGAGCUACAGAAGAGGGGCUCCACAUAGUUCUGCUAGAGUGGUGGGAGGAACAGGGGGGGUUGGAUGGAUGGAGGUUAUGGCCCUGUGUGGAGCUCUCCCCCGUCUCCCCCUCCAGUGUAGCCCAGGGAUUUUUCUUUCUCUCCUUCACACAUUCUCACAUUCACACACACCUACAUACUUGCACACGACACGUACAUGUUAACCCAGGGAACCGAUUCACAACCACAUCCAAACACAGGACUAGAUCACCUGCUACCACCCCAGCUGUGAUGACACAACCUCUCCUCGCUCAUCCCUUCUUGUAUCCAACUCUUCCUUUAAUUUCAUGAGAACCACUGUAGAACACAUAAUCACGGCUGCUGUUGCUCUUACUCCUUGUCAUGUACAAUUGUAUCUCUCCCCCCAUGUAUCUACCCCAUAGAAAUCCUGCUCCUAUUCACUCCCUUCGUCAGACAGACCAGUGUUUUUACUGGGGUCUUCAGUAUUCAGGGAAGAUCAUUAAUUAUUGUUACUGUAAUGGUAGAGUGGUUGGUUGGCUUUUGUAAGAAUCCUCUUUAACCUGUCACAGCUUCAACCUCAAAACACUGCCUUCAAAUAAAAACAUUUAGAUAACCCUUGAAAGAUAGGCCUAUGUCAUCUUGGCCCAUCUUGAGAAUGUGUGGUGAUGGGAGGAAACUACCAGAUUGUACAGGGACCCCAUGGUGGAGGUCUUUCAUCCACAGCACACACUGCUCCCUGCAGGCCUGGUGCACAAGAGCUUAUACUGCCCCACUGCCUUGAAGCAAGGGCUACCACUCCCAAGUGGACUGCUCUGUCAAUGGCUAAAAAAGAGACCCUACACAAACUUCAAUUCUACAGACUUGGAGGAGAAGUCAGAGGAGACAUGCAAAGGGAAUGUGAUGGACGACCGCCCGGCGUGCCAUGAGAGAGGAGAGUGCUGUGGUUCUGUGCUAUGGAGGGAAUCCUAGUUCUUUCUGCACUUGGCCCGGAGAAAGUGUGUUUUUUGUGUGCCACUAAGUAUCGACUCACACUCAUCUUUACCUUCUGCUCAAAAUGAGACACUAAUCAUUUGCCAGUGCAGUGGUCCUAAACUGUACUGUUUUUUUGGCCAUGACCAACUGCCUUGGAGAAUAUAUUUUUUUGGGGGGAUGCUAGCAAAAAUGAAAUGCUGUUUCUCUUUUAAUUGAGAUGACUGGUGAAUGGGGAAUUGUUUUGAUUGU